AAUAAUAACCACACUUUUAUACGUUUACAUUGCGUUUACAGGAUUACUGUUACAUCAUCAUUACACAUUACUGUAUAACAUUGAAUUGAUCUCGUUUAAAGUGAUUAUUAAUAUUACCACAAUCAACAUUUGAAUUGUGAUUAUCAACUAUAAUGGACCAAGAGGGACCCAGGGCGAUUUUUAACGAGAAAUUUCAUGAAUUCAUUAAGGGAGUUCAACUAAACGACCAGUUUAUGGACCAGCUCAAAGAACACCCAUGCAAGUAUUUACUACAAAGUAUAGAGAAUUUCGACGACGUGGCCAAAAAAUGUCGCAUAUUCAGCGAGUUCACUUUGGUCCGGGACAACACCGAACAACUGGCCGUAGCCCUCGAGCUAUCUGGCCAAAAGCAAGCGGCCGAUCAAUUGCGCCUAUUCAACCUAUCGGAACGACCAUGGCCAUAUUCCCACAAUAUCAACCUAACUGUAGUACCCGCCCGAGCCCUGCGCUCAGACACAUCCAAGCAGUGCAAAAUGGAGACCAAACCCCGCGGUGUGGCCCUAGUAUUUGUCACUAUACCCGAGCUGUACAACGAGGCCGAACGAUUCAGGUCAAUUUACGAACAGUUAGAAUUCACAGCCUACCUACAUCAAGGAUUUAGUCGAGAUGAAAUAUUUGCCGAAUUGACCGAUAUGGCCCAAUCCAAGGGCAAGUAUGCGGGCAAAUACAAGGGCGACGCGUUUAUCAUGAUGUUUAUCGGUCACGGAUUUAAUGAGAGUAUCAUCGGGUGGUCAGCGCAGCCGCAGUGGCCGCCGGCUGACGACACUGUGCUGCCAAUCCGCGACAUAAUGACCAUGUUUUCCGAGACCGGAAAGUGCCGGGCGUUACGCGAAAAGAUCAAGAUCUUUAUUUUUAACUGUUGUCGCGAAACGUUUGUCACGUAA